GCAGGCCUCCAGACAACUUUCAUUUUUUUUCUUCCCCGGUUGAUGAGGCAUAGCUUUAUCACUUGGCUUCUCACAGAAACAAGCUCUUAAAAUUCGGCCGGUAUCAUAAUCGUAAUGAGAUUUAAAUGCUUAACAGCUGACUUUUCCCGGGGAAUUCUCGUUGCCGGAUAGCUUCAAGAAGAAUAAAAAUAGCUCAUGUGCCACAGUGAAGCCCACUACAAGGCUUCUUGCCCACAACGUUGGUUAUCUACAGGCCCAAACGCUAAACGUAGGACUAUCACCCCAUUGUCCGGUUUCUUAAAACCCCUUUUGGCUUAUCAAUAGCAUUCAGCUAAAACUUUUCCACCAUCGGACGAAGUUCUCAACCAAAAACUAUUCACGCCAAAGUCUCUAUUUAGUCAAAGAAGAUAAAUCUUAGAUCAACAACUAUCCGUCAAGAAAAGAAGAGGAGUUUUUGAUUGAAGUUGCGAUUUCUGACCGAAUUAAUUAAAGAUCUGAUUUGUUAAUUGAUUGGAGGAAAGAAAAAUUAACUGCAGAAAAUCUUCUGACUUUGAAGGCCGGAAACCGGAGUAGCAACUUUUCCUCUCUUUGCGAGUUAAUUUUUAAAUACCAAAGUUUCUUUAUUUUGUUCCUGAGAAUUUGAAUGUACAAACAUUAAAUUCGUCACACAUUUUCAUAUUUAAAUCAUAAAUCGAAUAUAUUCGAUUAAACGCUUCAACUUCAUAGCUUUUUAAUUUUAUUUAAACUCUUGUACCACUGAGAAGAAAAUAUGAAUUUGACAAGUGCUUCCUUAUUAUCUGAUGCUAUGGAAGAGAACUUGACCGUCCUAGCCAAUGGGAGCUUGCUGGACGUGUCAUUGCCUGUAGUGUCCAUGCCAGAUCCUGUUAUUAAGUUAGCCCAUGACAUUCUCAUUUGUGUGCUGCUCAUUUCCGUCAUGUUUGCCAUGGGAUGCCAUAUCACUUGGAAUGAGGUAUGGAAUCACCUAAGUCGGCCUAUAGGUGUAGUGAUUGGCAUGUUAAGUCAGUUUUGCCUAUUGCCGUUGUCAGCAUUCAUCAUCAUCUUGCUGUUGCGUCUGGAUCCUCUUUAUGCAACUGGCAUGCUUGUGCUUGCCUGCAGUCCUGGCGGAGUGACAUCCAACAUAUUUUCCUAUUUCUGUGAUGGAGACAUAUCUCUCAGUGUUACAAUGACUACGUGUUCUACGGUGGCUGCCCUGGCUAUGAUGCCACUAAACAUGUGGGUGUACGGACAGUGGCUGGAGACAGGAGCUUUGACCAUUCCUUACAGUAAAAUGUCCAUUUCUUUGGCUUCUGUGACUGCACCAGUUGGCGCUGGUAUGCUGUUUCGGUGGAAGUUUCCCAAUGCAGCACCCUACAUCACAAAGAUCGGAAGUUAUUGUGGAUUUGCUAUCAUCUUCAUCUGCCAAACGAUGGAACUGAUCAUCUUUCCUGAUAUAUUCGACGGCAUCGGUUGGCAGUUUUACGUAGCUUUGGUCAUUCUUCCAUUCAUUGGUCUUUCUUUGGGUUAUGGAUUGGCCUUCAUCUGCAGACAACCUCCGCCAGUUCGAAAAACCAUUGCAAUUGAAUGUUCCAUACAGAAUAUUGGAACGGCAUUAACCGUCAUCUCCCUGUCAUUUCCUGUAGAGUUGCAAAAGAAGAUUUUGGCUUUCCCAUGGUUGUAUUCCUUACCUCUUAUAACUACUGUCACAGUUACUUGCUGUUGCUAUCAACUCUACAAGCGUACUUGCUUCAAAAAUAGAUUCGGAUCUUGUGAGAAGAAAUUGAACGGCUUGGCAGUUCAUGUCCCGAUUCCGGUGGUGGAGAAAGUGAUGAAUGAUAAACCAGAAGAGAUGCAGUCUUUCAUUCAGGCAGAAAGACUGACAACUGUAUAAAGCAUGAAAUGUUCCUUACUAUCUGUGAUAUGCGGCGAUUAUUAUUAUCUUUUUGUACAGGCUGCGAUUUGCGAAAUGGACUUCAGAAUAUGCAUUUUCUUUGAGAAGUUUUAACUGUGAAUAUAUUGAAGUCAAAAAAACGGAUGAUUCUUUGAUACAUGAAUCAUCACUACUUGUGUUUGUGAUCUAUUUUCAUCUAUUUUUAUAUAUUUCCUACAAUUGAACUUUAUGCAAGGUUUUGACUACUUCAUUGUGAAACUGAGCUACCAACUCUAAUUUCAUGUUUUUAAUUUUUAUUCUGCUGUACUUUUUGCAAUUUACUUGGAACUUUAUAUAUUGUAUUUAUGAUUCAAUCUGUUGAAAGAUACUAUUAAAAACCAAAUCAUUA